GGUCUGCAUGCUGUGGAGUCGAUCUGCAAAACGAGCAGUUCGUUCAGGGGACGUUCGUCCUCGCCGCACCUGAAAUAUUUUUCACGAAUAUCAUCAAAAGUUAUUUCACCCUCCAAACACGGCAAUCCCCAUAUUUGUGACGGUGGCCGUAUGCGAAAAUCGACCUUGAGAUUUUUGACAAGCCACGUCAAUUCGAGCCCAAGAAGACGUGAUAAUGUCGAGAACCCAGAUGUCAUUAAAGUACUGUUUGUCGCCAACUCCACCCAGUACUGCCUAUACUCACGGAAGCAUGACCCGCCCGCGCACUCGGCCAAGAACCACCACCACCAUCCACCUAAUCACACCAANCAUGCUCGUCAGAUCCAAAACGUGCAAGUCGUUCAGAUAGUUGGCCUCCCCUUCCCCACUGCCCCCAAACACGACCAGCCAGCGUUCCCCAACCACUGUAGCCGUGUGGCUCUCGCGGGCCGGCGGUGGGCUCCCGCGGCACUCGGGCCGGGCCCACUCACCGCUCCUCAGGUCCAGACAUCGGAGGUCGCCAACCUUCCUGGACCCGUCGGUGCCCCCAAAGACAAACAUGCGGUGGCCCACUACGCACGCGCUGUGGCUGUCGCGAGGGCCCGGCCCGGAGCCCGAUGUUCGGAGGACGCUCCAAGACAUUGUGGAGAGGUUGCAGAUAAGGACGUCGCUGAAGUGGACCCCACCGCGGCACCCCUUGGAUUAUUAUGGAGUGGG